AUGCGAGUGGGUGCAGGACAUAUGUUCACUGCCUUCUGGAACCUACUGCUCUUCUGUUCAGAAAGCCAUCCAUAUCGAGUGCUACCUCAUCCUACUGUUGUGUCUAAAUUUUGUCUGGGGUGGAGACUUUCAGGCGCCGAAGGCGAAGGCGCUGAGAAUGGUAAGGAGACAACGGUUAAAGGAUCAGAUCCUGAAGCGACAAAGGACGGAUCAGAUAAUGAAGUGCCAAAGGAUGGACCACAACCUACUGAAGCGCCAGCGGGCGAUUCAUCUCCUACAGCUCAAAAAGGAUCGAGCAGAAUGGAGAAACCGAUUAUGCCAACACUAGUGGCACUUGGAUUGGCUUUUCUUUGA